CCCCCGCCAUGCCUAUUUCUUGCCGAUCGUCUGCUGCCUUGUUUCUUUACUGUCGCUCCAAAACACAUGAAAUGCGGGUGCACAAGUGGAUGAUGAUAGGACUUCUGCUGCUCAGUCUUCUCAGUGAUCAAGCCACUCUGACAAUCAUUUCUGACAAAAGCAUUUGUAAAAUUAGCAGUGACCAGCGCUUGGCAGACUGUAGGGGACGUCUUCUAGCUGAGGUCCCUGUUAAGGAUCUUCCUCCAUCUUUGGAGGAGGUUGACCUGUCCCAUAAUGCAUUGCAGGUUAUUCACCAUGAUGCUUUUUCCCAUCUUUACCGCUUGCGUGUCCUCCAACUACAGUACAACAACAUCUCCCUGAUUGAGGAUGACGCUUUUCGCUUCAAUCCCCUCUUGGAAUAUCUUGAUGUCUUCAACAACUCCCUAAGAGCUAUCCCCACUGAAGCCCUCAAGCCCGCUUCUAGGCUGCGAAUCCUGAGGAUGUCCAACAAUUUCUACACUGAGGCCACUCUGGAUAACAUUUUUGCUAGUUUCACUCAUCUCAAGGAAUUGUCAUUUGGAGGUCCUUUUAUCCAAAGUCUGAAGAAAGGGGAUUUUCAGGCCUUGCAGAAGAUCCCUUUGGAUACUUUUGCUAUUAAAACUGCAUCCAGUCUACAGAAUUAUGAGCCAGGGUGUUUAAAAGUAAUCCAGACCAAAAACAUGUGGUUUGACGUGGCCUUGGACCAAAAGCCAGACAUUCUACCUGUGAUGCUAGGAGAUCUGGCUAACAAGACAUUUGCUGUACUUCGCUUUCGUAACCUUUUUGAAUUCAAGUACUACUCUGGUGAGAUGAACAUUUUCCAAGGCUUAGCAGAUAUUAAAACCCAUCAGCUGAUUUUCUACCGUGGCAAAUUCAAUGAACAUCUUCUGAGGAUGGCACUAAUAAACAUUCAGGUCUCUCCCAUCAGAGGCUUAGGACUUCUGUUCAUUGAUUUUGCCCGGUCACCCACCUUCGUGGACAGUGGCGUGGGUUCCAGUGUGACGGCCCUGGCUUUGGAUGAUCUGGUCUUGUGGGACAUCAGUAAUCCAGACAUCUUGCGGUUUGACUGGCGCUUCACUUGGUUCAGUAAGGUCCGUCGACUGUCCAUUAAGAACGUCAACUUCAACUUUGUACCGUGUGAUGCCUGGGAUGAGAUGGGUAUGAUUGAGGUGUUGGAUGUCUCUAACAAUCGACUGCAAGACCACUACCUUUACAACAGGAGGUGCCAGUACAGUGGGGCUAUGACAUCUCUCCACUCCUUCAACUGCAGCACCAACGAACUGAGCAGCCUGAGUGACAUAGCAUCUUUAACAACAGAGUUUUGGAAGCUGAAAGUGUUGGACCUCAGCUAUAACCAACUAGGUUCCAAGGAGGGUGCCUGCACUUGGAAGUCAAAUAUAACCAGGAUGAUCCUUCACCACAACAACUUUGUCAGCAGCACUCUCAGUUGUCUGCCUACCACAGUGCAGUACCUAGACCUCUCCUUCUGCAACCUGGACCUGGUAGACAUGGACUACUUCAAACAAGCUACAAACCUUAAAGAGCUCCUCCUUAGUGGUAACAAGAUUAAAUUCAUCCCUUCUGGAUGGAGUAAUCCAGCCUUGCUAUCCCUGGCCCUAGACGGGAACUCAUUUGGACUUAUUAGCAUGAGCUCCUUCAAGAACAUGCCAAGUUUAUCCAGGUUGAAAGCAGGAAACAACCCUUACCACUGCACAUGUGACCUCCAUGCCUUCAUCCAGGAGACUACGGCCAAGGGGAAGGUCAACAUCACAGACUGGCCAGACAACUACAGGUGUUACCACCCUGAGGCAUGGCUCAACACAGUAGUGGCUAAUUUCUUCCCUGGACGCAUAGCCUGUGACAUCAGGCUUGUUAUUGUCAUUUCUGUGGUGACAACCACUGUUGUGGUUCUGGCUGUAAUGGUGCUGUGCUAUGUUUUUAAUGUACCAUGGUAUGCUAAAGCCACCUAUCAGAUCCUCAGAGCCAAAUACAGGGCCCACAAGGAAGGGGAAGGAGUGCUGCAAACCUAUGCCUACCAUGCCUUCAUUUCGUACAGCCACUCAGAUGCUGAUUGGGUGAGGGAUAAGUUAUUGCCCUGCUUGGAGAACAGUGAGCCCCCCUACAAUCUCUGUAUCCACGAGAGGGACUUUCUCCCAGGCAAGUGGAUCAUUGACAACAUUAUUGAAAACAUGGAGAACAGCCGGAAGGUAAUCUUUGUAUUGUCACGGAAUUUUGUCAACAGUGAAUGGUGCAACUACGAGCUCUAUUUUGCCAAUCAGCGAGCCAUUGGAAAGACAUUCAAUGAUGUCAUACUUGUGGUCAAGGAGCCUAUCGAGCCAAAUUCUUUGCCCAACAAAUACUGCAAGCUAAAGAAGAUGCUGAGUACCAAGACAUACCUGGAAUGGCCUCAUGAAGCCAAGCACCAGGUCUUCUUCUGGGCUCAGCUGAAAAGUGUGCUGGGAAAACCCAGCAUCCCCAGAGAUCGAGCCUCCAGCACCCGGAGUCCACACUCAGAGGUCAAUGUGUCUGUGGUGGAACUCCCCUUGGAGGAAGGGAUACCUGCAGAGAUAAUUCCAGUUGCAGAUAGAGGAGGGGAGGCCCUUCCAGAAGUUUUAGUAAUUCACAAAACAAAUAUAAUGGUUUCCAAACUGGAGAAUGCAAUGGAGAGCCUCAUAAGAGUAUUCCACAACUAUUCAUCAAAGGAGGGUGACAAGUACAAGCUGAGCAAAGUGGAGCUGAAAAGCCUCUUGCAGGGAGAGCUCUGUGACUUCUUGACGGCCAGUAAAGAUCCAAUGGUGGUGGAAAAGAUUAUGACAGACCUGGAUGAAAAUCGGGAUGGUGAAGUGGACUUUCAGGAGUUUGUGGUCUUGGUGGCAGCACUGACUGUGGCCUGUAAUGAAUUCUUUGUAGAAAGCAUGAAACAGUGAAACAUCAGUGUGAACUCCCCCUUCCUUUCCCCCUUAAUAAAAAUGACUCUUUCAACCCAA